AUGUCGCACCUAGCGUUGAUCACUGUGCUACCAGACCCGACCUCGAUCCUGACGCUCCAGAACGCAGUGCAUCGAUUCGCUUCGAAUCUCGAGAACGGUCAGAUCGAACUGUACCGCAACGGGUGCGAGUAUCGAAACGAGACGGGAAGUUUUACGGACUGCACCAUCGCCUGUCAGCAGCCGGCCACGGUGUGGGAUUCGAUGGAGAUCCUACACAACUGUGCUUCUUACAGCGCGGUGUCGCAAUUACUUUCUAGUGGUUAUGCUGACGACGAUACUGCUCAAUUGGCCUUCGGCAUGGGUUAUGUGCCAGACUUCAAUUUGAGUCUGGUGUACACGCCUAUCGAUGAGUGUGUGCAUAGCUUCUGCCAUGACGUGACCACGGACAAGACAUGUACGCAUCAGAGUCUCGAAUCAGUGAACGACACCCAGAACCAUAGCUUUGUUGCAUCAGACUUUAUCCACGCCGCUUGUGGGGCCAUCAAAGCAAGCCCGAAUGUUGACGUGGGAGGUAUAGGUGUGUACGCUGGUUAUCUGAUGCAGCUCAGCAUCCUCAUAUACGCCUACCUCCACAGCCGCUUGGUCACUACCUGGAUCCGAGCCGUUGUCUUUGCCACGCAUCGACCGCUGGGACUUGAGAUUGCCCAACGGCGAGCGGAAGCAGUGCAGGACCGACUUGACAGCACCUACCAGCAGCCUGCCUUGAUCUCUGGACUUGCAGACUUUCAAAAGGCACAAAGCUUCUUUUCCAUAACGCUGGAAGGUGCUGCCAUAGGUGCACUUGCAAGCAACGGCCGGAUAUUCGACGCCACAAGUCUGCAGCAGCUGCACCUCACUGCAAAGCUGCUUGGAGAUGUUGCUACAGCAGGAGUCUUGUGUGUCACCUUUGGCCUGUACUUGCUCCAUGCUAACGACUGCACAUCAUGGUACACCAGCACCGUGUCCAUACUGGCUGUGCUGGUAUCUGUCGCAGCGUGGAUCCAGACUCGCUUGCCAUUGCAGAACCUGAGGAACCCUGCACCUUCCGAGCAUAAUCUGCCAGCUUGCGGCGGGCGGUCGCCGACAACGUAUUGCCUGGAAACCUCGAGACACAAGAACACAGCCUUCGAAGCCGUCAGCAUCGGACUGUGUGUGUUCAUCAUGUUGGUCCUCAUGACCAGACAGUCGAAAGCUGUUCAGCGAUUCGGCAGCGCUCUGAGCUCUCGCAAACCGUCUGUAGAUGCUGAGAAAGGACCAGCUGCGGAAGACGUUCACCUGCAUCGUGUGUUGACCAUGACAAGCACAGCGUCGAAAGCUGUGCGACUGGUGCACAAAGCGGCAGCUACCAAGGUGUCGAAGAAAGUCUACAACUGGAGGGAGGAGAUUGCCGAGUUUGUGUUUGCCAACCUCAUUGUGAACAUGCUUGUGAUACUGGUCAAGAAUGGGGCGAUGACGGCGUCGAGGCAGGAAGCUCGGUGGACGUUUGGACAGUUGAUUGCCGUGACGAUAUGGGCGCCGUCCAUCAUAGAACACGUAUAUGGCGCGGUGCAGAAGUGGUCGCUCAGGUCCAACACGGAGCUGAAGACCAAAAAGGAUGAAAAGGAGGAAGAGCAAGUGGCAGAGGCAGAGGCAGAAAUGGCGGCGGAGGAGACACAGAAACGACAGCUGCACGCCUCGCAGCAGCGAUAUGCCACCGCCAGGAAAUCGCCUUCGACGCAGAACCGACUCACGCUACAAGAGCGACACGCCUUGACCCUCGAAGAGGCGCGACAACGCAGGGGAGCGAUUGAGAGUCUCCAGAUGGAAAGAUGGGUAGACAAGGCUGUUACUGCGGGCGAGAUCAGCGUCACUACCAAGGCAGCAAUGGAUUUCCUGCGUGCCUUUGAGGCUUUGCUAGCAAAGUCUCGCGGCCGUCCCACUGUUGACCCGGACCGCUUCAACAGCAUCAAAGCUGAAUAUGCCUUGAGUGGAAACGACUGCUUUUACUUGGGGAGACUGCUCUUGAUCGGCGGACCACAGGAUGAGCGCUUCAACGGCAGGAAGCUGAUCAUCUCCCUUUCACGCGCCGGCAAUGUCGAAGCGACUUUGUAUGUCAUGGCAAACGCAGUGCAACAGCAGAAGACGAAGCCAACGACCCUGAAAAGCAUGGAUGUCCAAUACCCGAGAGCAACCCUGACCAAGAUCGCUGCUGAAGGCAAAAAUUAUCGAGCGAUGGUCUUGGAGGGCAGACUUGCGCUGGCCCUCGGUGACGAGGAGCGCGCCAUCGAUCUGUGGACCAGGGCUAUGGCCGCCGCCGUGGAAGCCGCCGAGGAGGGAAAACAGCGAUCCGCCGACAAGCCUAGGCUGAGUUUCAUGGAGGCAGACCGACAGAAAGAUCCAUACGAGCUAAACGCCCCGUGGAUCGAGCUCAUGAUGCUACACUACGAAAGGAGCAAGUUCAGAGGCAAGGAUGAGUGGACACAGUGUCAAUGGGCCAUGGAGAUUGGCUGCGAGCAAGACGACCCGGUCUCGCACUACUAUGCGUCCACCUUCGCCAAGCGGGAGGAUGAAUAUGGCAACCAUGUCCCUGAAAGCGGAUGGCUUUACCAUGUUACGAAAGCGGCUACCAGUGGUCAUCAAAAGGCCAUGCAUGAAUUGGGCGAGUUUUAUGCGCAAAGUGGCUGGAAGUACAUCAACGAUGAGCCUCCAGAUUACCUGAAGCCCACUCCUUUCGACUCGUAUCCAGCUCCAGCAUCUUCAAUGUCACUGCUAGACAGCCUCAAAUCGUUCGCUGGCAUAAACACCCCAAGUAGCGCCAAGGCAUCGGAUCACAUAUUCGGCUUCGCAGCCUUCCCAAACACUGCUCUUGCACGAUGGAGCCUUGCAUUGGAAUGGCUCGACCAAGCAUGCAGCUACGGCUACGCCCCAUCGUACAUGAUGAAAGCCCAUCUACACAUGCAAGAAACCCUCUGGUACGGCGCCGACACACCACAAUCCGCCCUAACUCUCAGCCCAGACCGCUACGACUACGCCUCGAAAGAACAAUACGACAUUCAAGGACCCCACUCCAGGCCUACCCCAGAAGGCGGCCCACCCAACCCCUACUACAACAUCGAAACCGUUAAGACAUACCUUCGUCAUGUCUUCUACGCACAUCAAGCGCACGGCUACGUCGCCAAAGCACAGGAGGAGUAUGCGUCGAAACGCAGACGAGGCUUAACAUCCGCUGCGACAGAUGAGGACGACAUCAUCAGCGAAAGUGCGCUGAGCAAGUUGCCGUGGCAUAUACGGAGGUGGUUUCGUUUCCCGGAGGUGAGGGAAAUGUAUGAAGGGCAGAUUGAGGCGUUGCUUGCGGAGGCGAAGGGCAUUUGUGAUGAUCACGGGUGGGACAUUCUGAAUGAUGACGGGACGGUCGUGUACAAAGCGAUUGUUAGCAAGAGGUGA